GGUUUUGGAAGAUUUUUCUUCUGCUCUCGGCGAAACACAGGAGGAAUACACGUGUGUUUCCGCACAUGUAAAGAUUUCAUUACUGUUUAAAUAUUAUUGUAUUGUAUUGAUCAGCACAACGCUGAUAAUGUCUGCGUCCAUAAGCGAGGAAACAGACGGUGGAGAUCGUGUUGCGAAGGCAGAAGCUCUCGAUAACGAAGAGGAUUCUCCCAUUGUGAGUCGCACACGGAGUGGUCGCAGACUGCGGACGCCCGCGGCUAAAACUCCCGUCCGCCGGACUAGAAAGUCUGUUGUCCGAGUAGAUCCGACAGAAAGCACCGAGUCUCAGCAGGAAUCACCACCUGAUGAAUGUACAGCAGAUACUAAAGGCGAUCAGUGCAGCUCGGCGACAGAACCAGUGUGUCCUGAUGUGUCUACAUCAACACCAGCAGAUGUCAGCCAAGAUUCAGUACCGGACACUGCAGAUUUGAUGAGGUCAGAUCAGGCCUGUGAGAAGGAAAAUGUGGUAAAUAACACAGAGACAGAAUCCACUGGUCCCAACAAAAGAGCCAAAAAAAGGACUCACUCAGAAUCCAUUGAGAAUAAAAGUAAGAUGGUACCUCUUGGGAAGCCUAAAUCUGGAAGAGUAUGGAAAGACAGAAAUAAGCAAAGGUUCUCCGCUCUGUUGAGAGACAAACCUCUGCGUACUUCAUGGGAAAAGAAGAUGGAGGCCAAGAGAGAGAAGCAGCUGGUGAAGCAGUACCACCAACAGCUGAAAGAUGAGCAGGCCAGAGAGAAAGAGGAGAAAAAGAGGAGGAGAGCAGAAAACCUGAGAAGACGAGCAGAAAAUGAGAGAAAAGCGGAGAUUGUGCAAGUGAUUAAGAAUACGGCAAAGAUCAAGAGAAUGAAGAAGAAACAGCUGAGGAAGAUUGAGAAAAGAGACACGCUCUCAGCGGUGCAGAAAACACCACCCAGUGUCAAGAAGGGUUCCGGGAAAACAAACAGCAGCUUGUAGAGAGUUUCAGUGCAGUGUUGUGAAAGAAUCUCAUCAGACAUGAUCACACUGUUGUUGAUAUUCGUGUGUAGUGCCUGUUGAAUAAACUCACAUGUGAACCUCACAAUCACAAAUACUAGGGACAUGUAAUCAUUUUGGAUCUGUGACUCUUAAGUUGACUGCUUGGGAUGUGAAUCUGCUUUAAGUCUCUGGAUUUGAUGUAAUAUUUGUACAGCAAAUUAAAAAGCAAAUAUGUUUUGAAUUCAUG